AGCCUGUUAUAGGAACUCGUGGUCAGGGGUCCCCUGCAUGCGCUUCCGAGAGCCCCGUGGGACUGACGUGGGCGAGAUCCAUCAGACGGAGGAUCCCGAAAGAAAAGAGACGCGGCUCUAAGUCUAUUUUCUGUCCCUUCAUUUUACCCUUUUCUUACCUUUUCCCUCAACUCUGCAGGACGACUCGUCACUUUUUCCACGGCUCAGUUUAGGAAUUUUUUUUUUUGUCAGAGAGCAGGCGAGUAAAGGAAAUUUAUAGGAAAAAAUUUAAUCCUCGAGAUUAAAAAAUCGGAUCGAAACAAACCCAAACAUCCUCACUUGCCCAGUGACUCCUCGCAGGGUAAACCUUUUGGAAGAGCAGCAGGCUAAUGUGGACGCUGUGGUUAGUGGUAGUGACGUGGGUUUGUCACAUCAGUUUGUGAAAUGGGGUCAUCUUCAUUUUACAGCUUGCGUUUCUUUGAGUCCUUCUGAACGCCCACCUCACAUGUGAACGUAAGAGUCGUCCCUGUCUUCUCCAGCGUCCGGCACAGGGGCUGCCCCACAGUAGGCGCCCAGUAAGCACUUUGUGAAAGGAAUGCGCGAGUGAAUCUGAGAUGGUCCCCUCCAGAGGGUUUGGAAAUGCUGCCGCUGUGGCCCGUGUUCGAUCUGGGGAAGGUGAUUUGUGGUGACUUGUGGGUGAUGGCUCCAAAAUGAAUGCAAAGGUGGUGCCCUGGUAGAAGGAAUCCAGAGAACCAAGAACCCGCCUGCCUCACGUGCCUCUUCCUUGCCUCUUAUUCCUGCUCCCAGGAGGCAGGACACAGUCAGAGGAAACAAGGGAGCAGAACCCCGAUAAAGCUCGGACGUGGACCAGGCAGGAACUGCUGGCUUAGCCCAAGUGCUCCUCUUGCACUUGUGUUCAGGAGCCGGAUGCUCGUCCAGGCAUCCCCAGGCCCCACCAUGAGGACCAGGGAGAGCGGGGACUACACCAGGAACUCCGGCGGCUCCUGCCUGAGUGGCAGCGCGGUGGCCAUGCCCACCCUCGAUGGCAGCAGCAUCGCUAUGAGCGCCUGCAGCAGCAGCGGCAGUACCCAGCCUGCCAGCCCCAUGGACACUCAGGUGUGCAUCUCAAAGAAACAGGACAGAGUGAAGAAGAGGAUCAUCUGGGGCAUUGAGGUGGCUGAGGAGCUGCAGUGGAAGGACUGGGAGCUGGGGAAAGAGACCACACGGAACCUGGUCCUGAAAAACCUCUCCUUGAAAAUCCAGAAGAUGAAAUACAGGCCUCCCAAGAGCAAGUUCUUCUUCACGGUCAUCCCUCAGCCCCUCUUCCUGAGCCCAGGCAUAAGCUUCACGCUCCCCAUCAUCUUCCGGCCUCUGGAGGAGAAGGAGUACAUGGACAGGCUGUGGUUUGAGAAAGCCGAGGGGACAUUCUUUGUGGACCUGAGGGCCACCCUGCCUUGCCACAAGCUGACCUGCCUGCCAUUACUGCAGCUGCCCAUGUGUGCCGUAGGGGACACAGUUGAGGCCUGGUUCGACCUGGACAAUGUGGGGGACCUACCCACCUUCUUCACCUGGGAGUUCCCCAGUCCGUUCCAGAUGUUUCCCGCCACGGGGCUCCUGGAGCCAGGCCUGGCCUGCCAGAUCAAGGUGGCUUUUCAGCCCCUCGUGGCUGUCAUCCACGAUGCCGAGGCCACGUGCUGGUACGGGGAGAACAGCCGGCAGAAGUGCAGCAUCCAGCUGCAAGCUGUGGCCAAGUGCGCCCAGCUGCUGGUGAGCAUAAGGCACAAGCAACCAGAGGACCAGGAUGCCAUAGGCUUCCACAAAGUGCUGCACUUUGGCUCUGUGGCUGUGGGCUGCACAGCCGAGCGGCAGAUCAGGCUGCAUAACCCGUCGGUGGUGAACGCCCCCUUCAGGAUUGAAAUUGUCCCAGACCUGCUGGCCCAAGACCAGGCCUUCUCGUGCCCCACGGCCCAGGGCGUCGUGCGCCCAGGAGAGAAGAAAUGCGUGUCGGUGAUCUUCCACCCCGAGGCCCUGAGCACCAGAACUGUGGACUACUUCUCCAUCACGCCUUCCGGCUGUGCCUCCCAAACCCUGCUCAAGGUCGUGGGCUUCUGUAGAGGUCCCGCCGUGUCCCUGCAGCAGUACUGCAUCAACUUCAGCUGGAUCAACCUCGGGGAGCGCUCGGAGCAGUCUCUGUGGAUUGAGAACCAGGAGGACUGUACUGCCUACUUCCAGUUCGCCAUCGACUGCCCGGAGAGUGUCUUCAGCAUCAGGCCUGCCUUCGGGACCCUGCUGGGCAAGGCCCGCGCGACCCUGCUCUGCACCUUCCAGCCCACUCACCCCAUCAUCUACUUCCGGCGGGUGGCCUGUCUCAUCCACCACCAGGACCCACUGUUCCUGGACCUGAUUGGGACCUGCCACUCGGACAGUAGUAAGCCAGCCAUCCUGAAGCCGCAGCAUCUCACCUGGUACCGCACACACCUGGCUCGAGGCCUGACGCUCUACCCCCCUCACGUCCUGUGCACCAUGCUGAAGGAGAAGAAGCUGGAGCAGGACCAGAACGGGGCCCUCAUGCUGCCCGUGGAGGACCUGGAGGAUUCGCCAGCGCCGCAGUACCCCAGCGUCCCUCCCAUGACCGAGUUCUUCCUUGACGGCACGGGCAACAUGGCUGUCUUUCCCCCGCCUGUCACCAUAGAGCCCGUUGAAGUGGAUUUUGGCGCCUGCCCGGGGCCCGAGGCCCCCAACCCUGUGCCCCUGUACCUGAUGAACCACACCAAAGGCAAGAUCACCGUGGUCUGGACACACAGGCCUGACUGCCCCUUCUGGGUGACCCCGGACACCUGCGAUGUCCCCCCACUCAAGUCCAUGGCCAUGCGCCUGCACUUCCAGCCGCCUUACUCCAACUGCCUCUAUGCCGUGGAGCUCGAAGCCUUCGCCGUCUAUAAGGUCCUGCGCAGCUACAACAAUAUCGAGGAAGACUGCACGGUGUGCCCGUCCUGGUGCCUGACCGUGCGUGCCCGGGGCCACAGCUACCACGCCGCCUUCGAGCACCACGUCCCCCACUACUCCCUGGACGCCCCCAAGCUCUUCCCCGCGGUACCCUCCAGCGAGCCCUCCUACCGCAGCCUGCUGCUGGUGAACAAGGGGCCCAUGCUGCUGACCUUCGCCCUGGCCCCCAGAAGCAGCGCGGACGUCACCCUGCGGCCCACCUCAGGCCUCGUGGCCCCCGGCGCCCACCAGAUCCUCCUGCUCUGUGCCUACCCCAAGGGUACCACCUGGAAGCAACACCACCUCUACCUGCAGUUCAAUUCCUGCCCUCAGUACCUCAAGGAGGUGAUCCUGCAGAGCCGAGAGGAGCCCCGGCAGCUGCAGCUGGACACCUCCCAGAGCGUGUUCUUCAAGCCCACCUGGGUGGGCUGCUCCUCCACCAGCACCUUCACCUUCCACAACCCCACGCGUCUGCCCAUGGAGUUUGAGUGGAGGGUCUCCCAGCAGCACCGGAAGCUGUUGGCUGUCCAGCCGCCCAGGGGGCUCAUCCAGCCCAAUGAGAACGUGACGCUGACAUGGGUGUUCAGCCCUUUGGAGGAGACCAAGUACCUGUUCCAGGUGGGGAUGUGGGCCUGGGAAGCCGGCCUGCCCCCCGGCGCCAAGCCCCCCAGCACCCACUACCUGCUGCGGCUGGUGGGCAUGGGCAUCUCCGGCAGCAUCUCCGCAAAGGAGAAGGAGCUGGACUUUGGGAACAUGCUGGUGGGCAGCGAGGAGAACAGGUCCCUGGAGUUCGGGAAUGAUGGCGACUGCACCCUCUAUUACCACCUGCACCUGGAGCAGCACAGCCCAGAGGGCGACGCCGAAGACCCCCCUGCUCUGCAGCUGGACCGGACGGAGGGCAGCCUGCCUCCCCACUCCCAGGACACCAUCUGCCUGACUGCCUGCCCAAAGCGCCGGGGCCAGUACUCUUGGACUCUCAGCUAUUCCCUGCUCUCCCACAGAGACAACAAGGCUGGAGAGCAGCAGGAGCUGAGUCGAGUCACCCUGGAGGCUGUGUACCCCUUUCUCUCCAUCCUGGACGUGUGCUCCAUGGGCAGUGCCGAGGGCAUCACCCGCAAACACCUGUGGCGCCUCUUCUCCCUGGACACGCUCAACAGUUACUUGGAGCGCGACCCCACCCCCCAGGAGCUCACCUACAAGGUGCCCACUCGGCACAGCACAAGCCAGACACCUCCGGUCCUCACUCCUUUGAAGCUUGACUUCAAUUUUGGGGCGGCACCGAUCAAUGCCCCCGCCUCUGUGGUGCUCCUGACCCUGAAGAACAGGGGCGUGGUGCCCGUGCACUGGUCCUUCCUCUUCCCAAGCGACCAGCAGAUGGACCUGGAGCUAUGGGCAGAGCAAGCAGAGUUUGACUGCACUGAGCUCCACCAAAUGCGUGUGCAGGACAACUGCAUCUUCUCCAUCAGCCCCAAGGCAGGGGGCCUGAGUCCUGGGCAGGAGGAGAUGGUGCAGUUCAAAUACAGCCACGUAUUCACUGGCACUGACCGCCUCCCGGUGCUCUUCAAGGUGUCCCACGGCCGGGAGAUCCUGCUAAAUUUUGUAGGUGUGACAGUGAGCCUGGAGCAGAAGUACGUGCACUUCACCUCCACCAGCCACCAGUUCAUCCCCGUCCCCAUUGGAGACAUGCUGCCUCCACGGCAGAUUUAUGAACUCUAUAACGGUGGCUCGGUGCCCGUGACGUACGAGAUCCAGACCAACAUCCUGUCCCAGGUGCAGGAAAAGAAUUUCGAUCACCCCAUCUUCUGUUGCCUCAACCCCAAAGGGGAGAUCCAGCCAGGCACCACCGCUCGGACCCUGUGGAUAUUCUCACCCAUCGAGGCCAAGACCUACACUGUGGAUGUGCCCAUACACAUCCUGGGAUGGAACUCGGCCCUCAUCCACUUCCAGGGAGUGGGCUAUGACCCCCAGAUCAUGGGUGACACAGCUCCGUUCUACAACAUCUCCUCUUGGGACAGCGGUUCCACACACUCUAAGAUGUUGGUUCCCGGGCAGAAUGUCGUCCUGUCCCAGUCUCACAUCUCCCUGGGGAACAUCCCUGUGCAGAGCAAGUGCAGCCGCUUGCUGUUCCUCAACAACAUCUCCAAGAACGAGACAAUCGUCUUUGCCUGGCAGCCAAGUUCUGUAGACUUUGGGGAGGUCUCCGUGAGUCCCAUGGAAGGAGAGGUGGCUCCCGAAGAGACUGUCCCGCUCGUGGUAACGUUGAAAGCCUCAGUGCACGCCAGCUUCUACAGCGUGGACCUGGUAUGCAAGGUGUACCGGCAGAAGCUCAUGAAGCGGUACCACAAGGAGCUACAGGAGUGGAAGGAUGAGAAGCUGCGGCAGGAAGUGGAGUUCACCAUCACAGACAGGGAACUGAAGAGAAGGUUCUAUUGCACAGCCUGUGAGCCUGCAAGGAAGUACAAGACGCUGCCACCCAUCAGGAGCCAGCAGUCUCCCAACCGGCCUGCCAGCUGGAACCUGCAGAUCCCAAAGGAGGACUUGUCCUGGCCGUGCCCCAAGCCGCCCCCACCAGGCAUGCUGUGCCUGGGCCUCACCGCCCGGGCCCAUGCCACCCACUGCUUCCUGGCCAACUUCUUCUCAGACUUCCCCUGCCACUUCUUGCACAGGGAGCUGCCAAAGAGGAGGACCCCCAGGCAGGAGUCCACGACGUUCCAGGAAGAACCCCCUGGCCCCAAGUGGGGUCCCGUUUCCAAGCAGAAGCGGCAGCUCCUAGAGGACUGUCUCACCGCCAUCAUCAGGGGCCUGCUGGAAGACAAGAACUUCCACGAAGCUGUUGGCCAGAGCCUGGUGGAGCAGGUGCCUUACUUCUGCCAGUUCUGGAAUGAGCAGUCAGCCAGGUUCGCGGCCCAGAAGAGCAGCCUAUACUUGAUGCCAGUCCUGUCUGUGUCCUCCAGCAUUGGGGAGGAUGGGAAAGGCAAGGAGCAGGAGAACAAACCGGGGCUGGGGAGGAAGGCCAGGGGGGAGGAAGAGGAGAAGGGUGAAGAGGAAGAGGAGGAGUUGGAGGAGGAAGAGGAGGAAGAAGAGGAGGUACAAGAGGAGGAGGAGUUGUACAAGGAGGACAUGGAGGAGGAGGAAACACAGAAGGAAGAAAACUUGACCUCGCUGGGGAAUGAGCCCACGCAGCAGCCCGAGUCGGGGCAGUCCCUACUGCAGCAGUGGCAGCAGGAGCUGAAGGCCAUGAUCAAAGAGGAGCAAGAGCAGGACGAGAAGGAGGCUAUCAGGAGGCUGCAGGCUUUCGCCAACCUGCAGGAGGCGCUGCUAGAGAACAUGAUCUUGAACGUCCUUGUGGAGGCGAGCCGAGGAGAAGUGGUGCUCACCUCACGGCCACGCAUCAUCGCCCUGCCGCCGCUCAGUGCGCCCAGGUAUCUGAACCCGGACCAGAUGUCAGUGCACAAAGCGGAGGGACCCCGCCAGGCGGCGCCACCUCGUGUGGACUCUCUGACGACGCCUAUCCCCAGCCCCGCUAACCCGCUGCCCUAGGUUUUCUCAGCCCCCCAGUAAAGCAUCCCGCUCU